AAAGGUGCAGUCUUGGAUCACGUGACUGUGCGGUCAUUUUGUGGGAGGGGCUCAGAAUACAUGACCCAAUGAUCUGUGUAAACAGACCAAAGGAUUGUCUUGUACAAGCUGAUCGACCUGAGCUAGCUAGCUAUUGACAAGGAUCAAGACUGUUAGUCAGAUACAUGGCCAUGGCAAUGGAGGCGGAGACUAAGCCCUCUACUAUAUACGUUGGCAAGGUGGAGCCUAGUCCAAUGAUGGAGCGCCCUGAGUCAUGUGAUAAUCAUGAUGUAAAGAUUGAAGUCAACGGAGACCUUACGACUAGUGAUAAGAGUGCCGGUGUGGCCCCCCUCUCCUCAUCCUCUAGUCGGGGGUCAGAGGUCGGGAGUGUGGACGAGGGGUCAAGAGUCAAGAGUCCAGAUGAAGGGUCAAGCUCCGCCUCCUCGUUAUCUAUAGCGUCCCAGGACAUACACUACGCAUCACGAGAAGCUCUCAUUGAACGAUUGACCUCUGACCCCAGCAGUAGCGAUGCUAGUAAACCAGUAGACAAAGAAAUCAUCACACAAUUACUAGAACAUAUUGUGUCUCUUAAGAUGGAGACAGAGACGCUACGUGAUAAGAACAAGCGGCUCAACUCACUAAGGACAGACAUGGAUGAUGAAAUGCACACACUCACGGAGACUCUCUUUGAAGAGGCAUACAAAAUGGUGGAUGAUGCCAAGGGGGGAAAGAUGAGUGCUGAAAAGCGAUUGGCCGAUGCUACGGGCAAGAUUGACGCCAUGGAAACGGAAAUGUCCGCUCUAAAGAACCUCCUUACAGUCCCAUCGUCACAUGACGCCCUCUCCACACCUCACAAACAUCAUAGGUCACCAUCCGUCAAAAGAAUGCUAAAAAAACUCAAAAACGGAAGCAGCUCUAAAUCGUCUAAAAAACCGUCAGCCUCAGGUAGUUCAAGUCCACCCCCCAUGCAAGCCACACCCCUUAAAUUAGUUGAGCAUCAUAGCGCUAUACAGGGAGAGUGUCUGCGUGAAGGUCAAAUCUCACCAGCUGAUUUCGAAGCAUUUCAAAACUGGUUAGACGGGUUAUCUGAGAGUGUAGACCACCCCUACCUGACUGCUGUGAUUGACGUUGAUGUCAGACCUUGUCUGAAGUUUCAUACGCCUGAAAUAUCUGAGCAAGUUCUGGUGGCCGUGAGGGAGAAUCAUCUGCUAAUGGAGGCACUCCCAACACAAGAGAUCAGGAGGUGUUCUCUGUCUGGUAAUGAUAAUGUACUUUGCACCCACCGUCUCAAGUUGGGCAGCUCUGAAGAUUGGCAUGACAUCUCUCAGUGGUGUAGGGACAGGAUCGCUGCUGCCUGUGAUUUCUACAUGUAUAUAGGACACAUCCAGAAAGGCAUUGUGAAGCAUGAUGCGACCAAGCUGUACUGGCAGGUACGCAAGCUCCGAGCGAUGAUGUCACUAGCGAGGCUCUCACUGGAACUGCCCCUCGACUCAUGACACUGUUCAUACAAUAACUAGCUCUGACUCUCUUAUUAUUAUUAUUGGCUCUCAGUGAACUUCUGUAUCGUAAUUAUUUAUAAUGAACUGAAAUAAUGAACUGAAAUAAUGAUCGAUGUCUUUUAUCAUAAUAAUUGUUGUUGACUCAUAAUUAUAUAAUAUAAAAUAACGUCCAAAAAUUCAAGAAUUACAUAAUAAAUUAAAACACAAUAAUAAUUAUUAUUAUUUAUAAUACUUAUAUUUAAUGUAUCAGUUAGUAAAUUGGUCUGCCAGUGAUGUACCACUCUUCUCUUGAUUGUGUAGCGAAUAGACCAAUCCCCUCACUGUUUCCAUGGUUCCCAUGAGCAACACAAACUCGUAACUAUACACCAUAUUAGCGGUGAUUUCAACAACACCAGUAGGAGCCAUGUAUCCAGUGCUGCCAUCAGAAGAUCCACCAGAGCCUUUCUUGCCAAAAAAACCACCAAGAAAACUACCCGAAACGUCCUUACUGGACUGGUACACUCCUACUGCGAAAUCUUGUUGGGCUGCAAACAUUAGGAAGUGUUCAGUUGCAUUGAUAUGUCCAGGGACCCAGAAGUUAGUGAAGCUAGCGUUGUACUCAGUGAGAGGAGCGUUGGUCCAGGGCUGGCCACCAGUGUAAGCAAAUAGCCUGUACAGGAAGCCAUUGACAUAGACAGCGGGUAGUUCCUGUCCAAAGCGACCAUAGUUAGUGGUGUCUGCUCUAUGAUUAUGAAGUGUGACAUUGCCAUAAGCCAUACUGUCUUUGAGGACGUACUGCAGUUCAAAUGUACAUUCGCAAUCGAUAUUGUUGCAAGCCCAUUGCUUGGGAAUAAUGGUGCAAGUGAUGCUAUCAGCAGUGGCAGUAUGGGAGAGUACUGUGGACGGGUUCCCAUGCACAUCUCCACUGGCGAUGGGGUUCCAGGGCCAUUGCUGCCCAUUCCACACACAACCAUCGUACGGCUUGGGUCCUGCAUAGAAUGAAGGCUGCACCUCGCGUCCCAAAUCAUGACUGUUAAUCGUGUUCACGCUUGAUUUUAGAUCUGCGAAACCGAUCACAGAACAGCCUUUGUUGAGGUCGAUUGUGAGUUUGACAACUCCAUUCUGAAUACUGACUGCAUUGCUGGAACUUGGUCCCUCUUGCUUCUGGUCCACCUUUGGCAUUAGUUCAUGACAGUUAAUCAAGUUGAACAGUAGCAGUAGAAUAGCACACAGCCUCACUGGCCUCCUCAGGGCAUCCAUGGCUAGUAUCUAGCAAUAGCAAUUAUAUACAAA